AUUUCCCUUAAAAACGUUUUCAGGGGAGGGGAAAGGUGGCGCUCUGCUCUGUAGACUCUGUUUCUUAGCUCAAAAAUCUUCGAACUGGGCGGGGAUUGUUGGUAGCCAUAGAACCUGCUCCUUUUAGUACCUGGAAACAGAGAGAGGGAACUGGAAAGGGAGAAGAAAGGAGCAUAAGACGAUGGCGACCCUCUCUUUUGGAUGUCGAUGGCCGACCCUCCUUGUUCCUCCUUCCUCCUGCACUACCCUCUCCAGUAAUCUGAGCGUCCUUCCCCUUCGUUCCACCUCCUGCCGUCGUAGCGGCAUCUCCUACGCCGCGGCAUCCAAGUCGACGACCACAGCCACCGCCGCAAAGAGAGAACCUCGCGGCAUCAGCAAACCAUGCCUCAUCUCCUCAGCUCUGCAGGAGCUUGUUGGUGUCCCCGAAAUCCCGCGAACGCAGGCACUCAAACAGAUUUGGGCCUAUAUUAAGGAGAAUAAUCUUCAGGACCCUGAUAACAAGAAAAUCAUCAUUUGUGAUGAGAAGCUGAGGAAAGUUUUGGGGGGUAAAGAGCGGGUCGGCUUUCUGGAGAUCGCUGGACUAAUCAAUCCCCACUUUUUAAAGUAAACUGCAGAUCCUAAGCAAUGAUAUGCAAGUAAAAAAGUCGAAUAUGAAAGUGAACGUUUUUACAUGGUUUGAUCUUCGGAUGAUGGUGAUAUAUAUAUGGUUGUGAAAGUUGCUGGUUCAUGUUAUGGUUUCUUGUUCAACCUGUUGUCUUAUGCAAAAAAUGUGUGCUUUUGCAUCUCUCCAUCUCUCUUUGCCUCGCAGCUUGGGACAGUUCGCAGUUGUUGUUAACGGAUGGCCCCAGUUUGAAACACUCCACUGGGAUCGCACCCCCUUUUUCUAUGUGGUACUUUUGCUGCAACCAAUCUUCAGUGGCUGCAUUAACUUGGUUAUAUGAUUAAUGAGGGAAGCAAUUCAGUUAA